UUUUAAAGUGUUACCAAAAAUAAAUUUGUAUAAAUAGUUGAUGCUUUCACAGAACAAGGCUAGUUUUCUUCCAACUAAGACAUACAACUGACUUAAUACUACAAAGUUUACCGUCCUAACCAGAGCCAUGCCCACAACAGAAUCUGUUACAUACGAUCCGAAACGAAAAGUGUGGAGUACACCCAAUUAUCCGCAUUGGGAUUUUAUAAACCAGUCGGUGGGCGCAGCCUUUCUGAAACAGAUGCGUGCGCUACCAGCCAACCAUGUGCUCGAGUAUUAUGUCGACACGGAUGAGCGUAUUACUGUUGGUCAAAUGUACCGUGCAUCUGUAGCGGUUGCUAGGAAUCUGAGCAGGUUGGGCCUGCAGAGAGGUGAGAUCGUGCUCGUGUAUGCCAGCAAUAAUGUGAAAGUAACGCCCUUGAUAAUGGGCGCUUGGCUGAUGGGUGCGCGGGUGAAUAUAUUUGAUACCAGCAUGGUGCCAGAAUAUGUCGACGCCACAUUUCAACUACUGCAGCCUGUGUUCAUAUUUUAUGAAGAGCUCUGCGCAUCAGCAGUUGCUGAUUCAUUGAAACGUUCACCCUUAAACUGCGUACGAUAUAAGUUAUCCUUAGACGACACGAAGUUUAGCAGCGAGCUCUUGCAACCGGUUACUGAAGAUGAACUCGCGAACUUCGUGCCUUCGCGCGUUGAUGACCCUCAAAACGAGUCGGUAAUGCUCGGACUAACCUCCGGUACGACGGGCCCACCGAAAGUGGCCGAUAUCAGUCAUUCUCUAUUGCUACACGGCGCUAGCACCUUUCUCUGCCACACAAUUUUAACAACCCCACCAUUUGUCGACACUACAAUAUUUGCUUUUUCACCUCUGCGUUGGAUCAGCCAGGUGAACAUGAUGCUUAUCUCGCUGCUGUUCGGUGCAAAGCGUGUUUGCGCCACGAAACCAGCAAAUGGUCCCUACGGCUGUGAUAUUAUAAAGAAAACCCGCGUCACACACCUUUUUCUUGCACCGCAAUUUUUUUACAAAAUACUUGACACUUUGGCGGAAAAUGACACAGAAUCGAUGAGCGUUCUACGCUCCAUACAAAUAGGUGGUGAAGCACCCUCGACGGCUCUGCGUGCUUUGGUGCGCAAGCACUGCGUGAAUGCAAAAAUUUAUUGCACCUUCGGUAUGACCGAGUUGUCGGGUGUCAUUGCCCAAGAUGAGCACAUAAAUGCGGGCAAACUGGUAUCCGGUCUACAAAUGCAAAUACUGGAUGACCACAUGCAGCCACUGGGUCCAAAUCAACGUGGUCGGUUGUACAUCAAAUCACCCGUGCCCUACAAACCGUACCUGAAAAUCGACAGCAGUGGCUAUUAUUUUGCCGACGGCUUCUUUUUGAACGGCGAUUAUGGCUAUGUGGAUGAGCAGAACAACCUGCAUGUGGAGUCGCGCUAUAAAGAUCUCGUGCGCACCAAGGAUGUUAUUAUAAUUCCGAACAACGUUGAGAACCUAAUCGGCCAGCUACCCGAGGUAGCAAUGGCCCAGCUUGUGGGCUUCAAAAAGUCCAAGGAUAGCACUGCGGAUGCUUGCGCUUUAUUUGUGAAGUUGAAAAAUGCCUCGAACACGUCGCCUGAGUCAGUGAUUAAGAAGAUUCGUACUGAUUUAACACACAAGCUGGGCGCUCUUGAGAACUCGCGCAUUGAAAAAAUACACAUCGUUUCAAAGAUGCCGUUAACAAGUUGUGGCAAAAUAGAUCGUAUCGAGUUGCAACGGCACGCGAGUGCAAUGGCAUAUGAUUAGCGGGUUUUAUUUAAAUCAAACAAUUAAAUGUAUUUUCUUAGAAAUUAACAGUAAAUUUAAGCAGCCUA